CCGGGAGUUGGCGUGGCGUUGUCCGCGGCGUUAUAAGUAGGAGAGUGGCGACCGCACCGUCGACAGAGACCCCACUCCAGCCCGAGCGACAGGCCUCCCCUCCGCCAGCGAGGAAAAGAGUCGAGUCCGAUCUGGUCCAGCUGAAGCUCCGAUAAGCCCCCCGCACCUCCUCGUCCGCCGUCUAGCCAGCAGCCAUGCCGUACAAGGGCGAGUGCGGGGAAAAUGACGACCCCAUGCUCUUCCUGCAGCCGACUCAGGCGGAGCGCAUCGCCUCCUCGAGCCGCCCCUUCGACAUCAAGACGAGCGUGUGGGUGAAGCAUGACGAGGAGGGCUUCAUCCAGGGCACCAUCCAGGAGGAGAAGGGCGACAAGGUCGUGGUGCUCUGCGCCGACGGCAAGACGGUGACCGUGAAGAAGGAGCAGGCCGACCAGCAGAACCCACCCAAGUAUGACCAGGCGGACGACAUGGCCAACCUGACCUUCCUCAACGAGGCCAGCAUCCUCGACAACUUGCGUCAGCGCUACGUCAACAUGCGCAUCUACACCUACUCGGGGCUGUUCUGCGUGACCGUCAAUCCGUACCGCUGGCUGCCCAUCUACGGCACCAAGGUGGCGCUCAUGUACCGUGGCAAGAAGCGCAACGAGCUGCCCCCCCAUCUCUUCUCCAUCUCCGACAACGCCUACGCUGACAUGAUCAUGAACAAGAAGAAUCAGUCGAUGCUCAUCACCGGAGAAUCCGGGGCUGGUAAGACUGAGAACACCAAGAAGGUGAUCCAGUACUUCGCAAACAUCAGUGGCGGUGCGAAGCAACCCGGCCAAGAUCAGAGCAAGGGCUCCCUGGAGGAUCAAAUCGUCCAGACCAACCCUGUGCUGGAGGCCUUUGGAAACGCCAAAACAACCAGGAACAACAAUUCCUCUCGUUUCGGUAAAUUCAUCCGCAUCCACUUCAUGACAAACGGGAAGCUGUCCGGUGCAGAUAUUGAAACUUAUCUGUUGGAGAAGUCCCGUGUCAUCUCUCAGCAGCCGGCCGAGAGAAGCUACCACAUCUUCUACCAGAUGCUGUCGGGAAGAAUUCCCUCACUUCUGGACCAACUGCAGUUGACCCCUGACCCCAAGGACUACUUCUGGAUCUCGCAGGGAGUGACCACCGUGGAAAACAUGGACGACGGGGAAGAAAUGGGUGCCACUGACGAGGCCUUCGACAUCCUGGGCUUCACGGCCAGCGAGAAGAGCAACGUCUUCCACCUGGUGGGAGGCAUCAUGCACUUCGGAAACAUGAAGUUCAAGCAGAAACCACGAGAGGAGCAGGCUGAGGUGGAGACCACCGAUGUGGCCGACAAGGUGGCCAAACUCCUGGGCAUCGACUCGGCCGAGCUGCAGAAGGGCCUCACUCGCCCGCGCGUCAAGGUCGGGAACGAGUUCGUGGUGAAGGGGCAGAACAUCGUGCAGUGUGCCUCCAGCUCAGGUGCCCUGGCCAAAGCCAUUUACGACAAAAUGUUCAAGUGGCUCGUCAUCCGCGUGAACAUCACGCUCGACACCAAGCUGCCACGCCAGUUCUUCAUCGGCGUCCUGGACAUCGCUGGCUUCGAGAUCUUCGAGUUCAACUCCUUCGAGCAGCUGUGCAUCAACUUCACCAACGAGAAGCUGCAGCAGUUCUUCAACCACCACAUGUUCGUGCUGGAGCAAGAGGAGUACAAGAAGGAGGGCAUCAACUGGGUCUUCAUCGACUUCGGUCUCGACCUGGCUGCCUGCAUUGACCUCCUGGAGAAGCCCAUGGGCAUCUUCUCCAUCAUGGAGGAGCAGUGCGUGUUCCCCAAGGCCACGGACGAGACCUUCAAGGCGGCGCUCUACGACAACCACCUGGGCAAGUCGCCCUGCUUCCAGAAGCCACGCGUGGGUGGCAAGAAGGGAGCCAGCGAGGUCACAUUCGAGCUGGCGCACUACGCCGGCCUGGUGGGCUACAGCACCGCGAGCUGGCUGGAGAAGAACAAGGACCCCCUCAACGAGACCGUGGUGCAGAUCUUCCAGAAAGCCAAGCGCGAGGUGUUGGCCACCAUCUUCAAAGAGGAGGAGGCCAUCGCUGGAGCCAAGCAGAAGCAGAAGAAAGGAGCUUCCUUCCAGACCGUGUCUGCGUUGUACAGGGAACAACUGGGCAAGCUGAUGGCGACCCUGCACAGCACAUCGCCGCACUUCGUGCGCUGCAUUGUUCCCAACGAGUGCAAGAAGAGCGGUAUGGUGGACGCGCACCUCAUCCUGCACCAGCUGGCGUGUAACGGCGUGUUGGAGGGCAUCCGAAUCUGCCGCAAGGGCUUCCCCAAUCGACAGGUGUACCCCGAGUUCAUCCGCCGCUACCAGAUCCUGGAUCCCAACGUGUGCAAGGGCAUCGACGAUCCCAAGAAGCAGACGGAGCUCAUCAUCAAGUCGGUGAAGCUGCUUGAAGAUGAAUUCAGGAUCGGCAACACCAAGGUGUUCUUCCGCGCCGGAAUCCUCGGUCGCCUGGAGGAUUACCGCGACGACUGCAUCACGCGCUUCAUCAUCCGCCUGCAGGCCGCGUGCCGCGGCAACACGUCCCGCCGCAACUUCGGCGCCAUCCUCGCCAAGCGGGAUGCCAUGGCGUGCAUCCAGCGCAACAUUCGCAGCUUCCUCACCCUGCGCUACUGGCCGUGGUUUAAGCUGUACACGAAGGUGAGGCCCCUGUGCGCCAUGCUCAAGGAGGAGGAGGACCGGAAGAAGAAGGAGGAGGAGAUGAAGAAGGCGAUGGAGAACGCGGCUCGCACCGUCGAGGAGCUCAACGACCUCAAGGAGAAGCUGGCGAAGCUGGAGGCCGAGCGGGAGAAGCUGCUGAGUCAGCUGCAGAGCGAGUCCGGGGGUAAGUCGGAGGCCCAGGACAAGGUGAACUUCCUGAGCCGCCAGGUGAAGGACCUCGAGAACAAGCUCGCUGACUCCACCCACCGGCUGGAGGACGAGGAGAAGUCCAACUCGGACCUGAGCACCAAGCGACGCAAGCUGGAGAACGAGUGCCAGGAGCUCAAGAUCGCCAUCGAGGGCCUGGAGGGCACCGUCACCAAGAUGGAGAAGGAGAAGAAGGCGCUGGAGAACAAGAUCCGCCAGCAGACGGAGGAGCUGAACCAGCGCGACGAGAGCAUCGUCAAGCUGCAGAAGGAGAAGAAGCAGCUGGAGGAGGCUCACGAGGCCACCCUGGACGAUCUGCAGACGGAGCAAGACAAAGUCAACUCCCUGCAUCGCAACAACAGCAAGCUGCAGACCAAGGUGGCGGAGCUGGAGGACUUCCUGGACCAGGAGAAGAAACUCCGCGUGGAGGUGGAGAAGGCCAAGCGCAAGUUGGAGCAGGACCUCAAGACCACCCUGGACAACCUCAACGAGGUGGAGCGCCUCAAGAUCGAGGCGGAGGAGGUCAUCAAGAAGAAAGAGUACGAGAUCAACGCUCUCAACGCCAGGCUGGAGGAUGAGCAGAAUCUCUCACUCAACCUGCAGCGCAAGAUCAAGGAGAUGCAGUCGCGCAUGGACGAGCUGGAGGAGGAGCUGGAGGCUGAGCGUGCGACACGUGUCAAGAUUGAGAAGCAGCGCACGGAUCUGGCUCGGGAGCUCGAGGAGCUGACCGAGCGGCUGGACGAAGCCGGUGGUGCCACCGUGGCUCAGAUCGAGCAGAACAAGAAGCGCGAGUCGGAGCUGAUGAAGCUGCGGCGCGAACUCGAGGAGGCGGCGCUGCAGACCGAGGCCACCGUGGCCGCCAUGCGCAAGCGACAGACCGAGGCGACGGCCGAGAUGGCCGAGCAGAUGGACAACCUGAUGCGCGUCAAGGUGAAGCUGGAGAAGGAGAAGCAGGGCAUGAAGGUGGAGAUCGACGACCUCGCCAGCAGCCUGGAGGCGUCCCAGAAACUCAAGGCGUCCAACGAGGUGCACAUCCGCAAGCUGGAGGACCAGGGGUCCGAGUCGAACCAGCGCUGCGAAGAGCUGCAGAAGAGCCUGGAGGACGUCAACAACUUCAAAGUGAAGCUCCAAGCCGAGCACAGCGACACGUGCCGCCGUCUGGAGGACGCGGAGCACAAGCUGACGACCAUCAGCCGCACCAAGAUCACCAUCUCCACCCAACUGGAGGAGCUCAAGAAGAACCUGGAGGAGGAGACCAAGGCGAAGAACACCGCAUCGCUGAGCCUGGCCAAUGCCAAGCACGACUGCGACCUGCUGCGCGAGCAGCUUGAGGAGGAGCAAGAGAGCAAGGCCGAGCUGCACCGCAUCAUCUCGCGCCUCAACGGCGAGCUCACGCAGUGGCGCAGCAAGUACGAGUCGGACGCCCUGCAGAGGCUCGACGAGCUGGAGGAGACCAAGAAGAAGCUGGCAGCUCGCCUGCAGGAGGCCGAGGAGGCGGUGGAGGGGUCGCAGGCUCGCUGCGCCAGCCUGGAGAAGCUCAAGCAGAAGCUCCAGGGUGAAGUGGAAGACCUCACCGUGGACCUUGAGAAGUCGAACGCAGCUGCCGCCCACCUGGACAAGAAGCAGCGGUCGAUGGACAAGCAGAUCUCCGAAUGGAAGCAGAAGUCGGAGGAGCUGCAGAGCGAGCUGGAGAUCUCCCAGAAGGAGUGCCGCAACUACAGCACGGAGAUCUUCAAGGUGAAGACAAGCUACGAGGAGGCGGUGGAGCAUCUGGAGACGCUGCGGCGAGAGAACCACAUCUUGCAGGAGGAGGUGACCGAGCUGUCCGAGCAGCUGAGUGAGGGCGGCAAGAACAUCGUGGAGCUGGCCAAGGCCAAGAAGAAGCUGGAGCUGGAGCGCGAGGAGAUCCAGCUGGCACUGGAGGAGGCCGAGGCCACCGUGGAGGCGGAGGAGGGCAAGGUCGUUCGCCUGCAGCUGGAGCUGGCGCAGGUGAAGGCGGACAUCGACCGCAGGAUCCAGGAGAAGGAGGAUGAGUUCGAGGCCGUGCGCAAGAACCACCAGCGCACCAUCGAGUCGCUGCAGACGAGCCUGGAGGCGGAGGCGAAGGGACGCGCCGAGGCCCUGCGGCUUAAGAAGAAGAUGGAGAACGACGUCAACGAGCUGGAGCUGCAGCUGGAGCACUCAAACCGCACCAACGCCGAGAACGUCAAGCUGCUCAAGAAGCUGCAGCAGCAGGUCAAGGAGAUGCAGCUGCAGAUGGACGCGGACGCGCGAGAGCGCGACGAGCUGCGCGAGCAGUUCAACCUGGCGGAGCGGCGCGUCAGCCUGCUCGUCACCGAGCUGGAGGAGGUGCGCAGCGGCCUGGAGGCGUCGGAGCGCACGAGGAAGAUGCUCGAACAGGACCACACGGAGCUGCGCGAGCGCUACGCCGAGGCGGACAGCCACAACAUACAGCUGACGUCCAUCCGUAAGAAGCUGGAGUCGGACCUCACCCAGAUCACGGCCGUGCACGAGGAGAUGAUCGGCGAGUUCCGAGCGGCCGAGGAGAGGGCCAAGAAGGCCGUCAUCGACGCCGCCCGCAUGGCGGAGGAGCUGAAGCAGGAGCAGGACCACGCGUCGCACCUGGAGAAGAUCAAGAAGAACAUGGAGCAGCAGUUCCGCGACCUCUCCGUCAAGCUGGAGGAGGCCGAAGCAAUGGCGAUGAAGGGCGGCAAGAAGAUCAUCCAGAAGCUCGAGCUCAGGAUCCGCGAGCUGGAGGCUGACCUGGACUCGGAGCAGAAGCGCCACGCGGAGACCAUCAAGAACCUCCGCAAGAUAGAGCGCCGCAUGAAGGAGCUCAUCUUCCAGACGGAGGAAGACCACAAGAACCAGCAGCGCAUGCAGGAGCUGGUGGACCGGCUGCAGAGCAAGAUCAAGACCUACAAGCGGCAGAUGGAGCUGGUGGAGGAGGAGGCGAGCUGCAACCUCGUCAAGUACCGCAAGACAGUGCACGAACUGGACGAGGCGGAGGAGCGUGCCGGCAUGGCCGAGUCGGCGCUCGUGAAGCUGCGGCUCAAGAACCGCGGCCAGACCAUCAAGGGCUUCACCACGAUCACCACGCACGAGGAGUGAGGGAGCCGGCGGGCACCCGCACCGACGCCCCUCCGGAUUACAGCACACCCAUUCAAGCUUCACGACGGCAGGCAAAGACCGGCGGCAUUAUCGGCGAGCGUCCACUGCAGAGCGGGAAGACACCAACGAAACCCUUGGGGGUCGUCACCCGCCGCACCCCGGCGACGCAUCGACGGAGCGCGGCUGUCGAUCUUUCCGCCUCUCGUCUUCAUUUCAAACGCCCGACGCACGCGCGCGCGCGCAGGCAUAAGCACGCAAGCGCUCGCGUGCGUGCGACGCACGAGCAGAGGGGCACGAAUGAAGAUUUGCGCGACACUCAAUUUAGAUUUCAGGGCUCGCUGUGUUCUCUUGAAGGUUCUGGAGGGGGGGAGGGGGGUGGGGGUUGAAAAUAAUUGACGAUGGGGGGCUGCCGACACAAACGACGUUGUAAGUUUUGUAUUGCGCUGUGCGAUUGUGUGGGCAGUGAACGGAAUGAAUGACCGCGGUUGCCGACCGUCCACGUUGUUGGUGCGAGGGAGCAAAUUAUAGAAACGCUCAGAAACCCUGAAAGACCCACACGCAGCAAAUUAAUCGUAGUUGAAAGACAACGACGAAAAAAAAUUUGGUAAUUUAAAAAAAUACGGAUAUUUGAAUCGCCAUUUGAACAACCAGAGGUGCUCAUUUGUAACACAAACCGAAUUUUUUUUUAAUCAGAAUUUAGUUGGAGAGGGUGGCCAUGCAUUUGUACGCCGCCAUGCCUUCAGUGUGGUGCAGGCCGGGGUUGUUAUGUGAGGUGUCUCCAGCCGGGCGCUGCUGCGCCGUGUUAAAGCAAGUUGCGUGUGCCCUGUGUGUGAAUGCGAUGCGAGCAAGCGCUGCCCACGAAGAUGGAAUCUAACAACAACAACGAAAAAAAUAGAGCCUCGAGCCUCUGCCGGUGCGUCUCUCUCUGUGGCGUCGUCGCCCACCGGUGAACGUUGCUAGACCCCCCCUCCCUGCCCCCCACUCCCUGCCCCCCACUCCCUGCUCCCACUCCCUGCCCCCCACUCCCUGCCCCCUACUCCCUGCCCCCCCUCCCCGCCCCCCCUCCUUCUGCCUCUCUCGCCGCUGCCGCGUGCCCGCUGCAAUCCGGAUCGAGCGUCGCUCUGCGCAUAACAAACCGUAGUAGUCAGUGUAGUUAUUUAACACGCAUUAAACAACCUGAAGGCGAACUGC